AGUUACGGAGUAUUCGGGGGGUACACACGGAAGAAAUUGGAGAAAUACACACAGAGAAGGAACAGAGCCGAAAAAAAAGGAGUUCGACGUGGUGCUGUGCACACCGCCGCCGCUCCUCGCUGCUACCGUGACACUGCUGACCACCGCCGUUCUUCUUGUCCGCUGUUUGGCUUGUUUGAGUCGUUAAUUCGUCAAAUAAUCGAGGUGAGUUUGUGAGUUUGUUCUAGCAUAGAAUUCAUAGAUAGUGUUAACUCAUAUACAUAAUCAAUUUUUUAAAUUCGUUUUGUGGUUUAUUUGAUUAUGAUCGUUGGAUUAUGAUUUAUUAAAAUAUGAUGUUAUUAAAAUUGGUUGAUCGAUGAAGGCCAUUGAUAGUUAGGGUUUGAUACUGAUCUAAAAAUGUCCGAAGAGAAGAAAUUCCCGACCAAGAAACAAACGAGAGGGCGGCAGAAGAUAGCCAUCACGAAGAUCGUCGACCGCGCGCAACGCCAGGUCACAUUCUCCAAACGCCGCGAGGGAAUCUACAAGAAGGCGGCCGAGCUCUCCGUCAUCUGCGGGGCCCAAGUCGUCGUCGUCUUCUUUUCCGGCAAGGGGAAGGCGUUCACGUGCGGCUACCCCAGCGUGGGCGCCGUGCUCCGGCGGUUCGAGGAGCGAACCGCCGAAGCGGGGCCCAGUCCCCCUCCUCCUCCUCAGUAUCUCGAGGCGGUGGGGCGGGAGAUAGAGGCACUGGAGGAGGAGAAAGAGAAGCUGGUGGAGGGCAUAGAGGAGGAGGAGGAGAACAAGGGUGGGGAGUGGGAGGGCAUAAAUGUCUUUUGGUGGAAUAGGGAUGUUGAUGAAAUGGGGAGUAAAGAAUUGGAGGAAUACAUGGCUGCCUUGGAAGCUUUGAGGGCUAAAGCUGUAAUGAAGGCUAGAGGUUAUUAAGUUAAUAGUGUAGAUGUAUUCAAUUUAUAACAUGAUAUUUUCAUUCUCAUCAAAUUUCGUUUUUAAGAUAUUACAUAUGUGAAAGUUAUUUCAUGAUUAGUUCUUUGUAAGGCUCUAUGUCGAAAAUAAUAUUUGGAUCUUUAA